CCAUGCAAAUGCAAACCACAAAGAAGUACCUCUAUCAUUAAGCUUAGUUUCAAUUAGGUUUGAAACGAAUAUAAUUAAGGGAAUAAUUAUAUCUCGCUAAUCAGCCAUGGCUGCCAUCUCAAAAUCAUCCAGGGCUGUGAUUGUUUCACUGCUUCUCGUUUCCCUUCUUGUUUUCAAUCUCGUUGAAGCUGAUGAGAAGGUAAACACAAAUCCAGGAUCAGAACAGAGUUCUCUCUCAAGAAAAGUAGACUGUGGCGGGGCAUGCAGUGCUCGCUGUCGUUUAUCAUCUAGGCCUAAUCUAUGCAAGAGAGCAUGCGGGACUUGCUGCCAGCGUUGCAACUGUGUUCCUCCGGGUACCGCCGGCAAUCAAGAGGCCUGCCCGUGCUACGCCAGCCUCACUACCCACGGCGGCAGACGCAAGUGCCCUUGAAUCAAUCCUCUGUUUUGAAAACUCAAACAAGCUUGCUCAUAUUAGGGCAUGCAGGUGCUAUGGGAAUUGAAGGUGCUCAUGCCUUCAGAUAUAUAAAUAAUGUGUUUUAAAAUAAAUAUAAAUGCCCCUUUGUGUAAUUAAAGCUACAGAAAUUGCUUGUAUUAAUGUUAUUGUUCUGGAGUGUUGGGAGUCCUGUGACAUUGAGCUAGUGAUGUAAUAGUGACUUUUUUUUUCUUCCUGUUUUACCUGUAAUCAAUAUUUUUCUUUGCGUGUUCAAUAAAUCUCUGUACUCACGAAUUCAAUGAUCAUGCAAUUUUCACAAA